AUGGAGCUGUCCGGAGACGACCGCAGACGCUGUCAAGACCUCACCUCGAAGCUGCUGGAGAGGGCUCUGCACGACUGCGAGGAGCUGGAAUUGCCACACGGCGGAGACCAUGCAAAGCUGGACCGGAGGCGCUGGAGGAAGCUCCAGUCCUAUCCAGACGUGACAAUGUAUGCGGAUCGCAACGCCAACUCGGCGUGGCUCCCGAUGAUGCGGCGCGCGGACUGGGAGCACCCUGUGGCUGUGACGGCAGUGGGGCAGUUGAAGUGUUCGCUCGAUGACGUGCUGCUGGCGUUGGUGACUCCGAACAUUGCGACCCAGCGGCUGCGGAGCUUCAUCAUGGACCGGCGGCCGGAGAGGAACUGCCAGUUCGCUCCGAUCGAGAAGCCCACGAAAGACGCGCCCUUCCGGUUCCUCGCGGUGUCGCGGUUCGUCAACACUCACAACUGGCCCUUCACCAUGUUCGUGGGGCCUCAGGAGAUGGUGCUCGCAGUGGCCACGGGUAAAGCGGUCUCGGACUCGGGGAGAUGUUACGGCUACGAGAUGGUGCAGUCGGUCACGGUGCGGUGCAAGGACCCGCAGCGCGCGUCGAUGCUGAGAGGGCGAAUCCUCCAGGCUCGACUCUUCUGGGAAGAGCCCGAUGGAUCCGUCGGAGUGUACAACAAACUCAUUCUGGACUCGAAGAACCGCCUGGCCGACUCCGUCAAGCAGGGGACGCUGUGCCGAGCCGUGGUGGCGUUCUGGAAGUUCGUCCCGCGCUGUAUCGAGAUGAAGAAGCUGCGGUGGUGUGUGAGGAACAAGAAGAGUUUGAUCCGCGAGCUCCAGUCCGAGCCUCAAGACGCCGAGGAUUCGUCCAGUUGUGCUGGCUGUGAAGUGCCGUCGCUCAAGUUCCGGAGUUCAUAUACCAGUAAGCAGUCGGUGGAGAAUCAGUGCGAGUUCUGCGAGCGGUGGCUCUGUGGCAGCUCCAGUUGUCGCCCGAAUUGCCAGCUAAAGCUGAUUAUUCGCAGCGAAUCGGGCAUGUACGAGCAGAAGCUGAUGCUGUGCCCCCGUUGCAUCGCGUGUGUCGGCAACCAGAACGCUGCGGAUAUUGCUCUAGCUGAUCUGCAGGAAGCGCAGCAGCCGUCUUAUGCCAGCGCGCCGUCCUUUACAAAGACGUCGGCAGAUUGGGAUGGAGACUCGUACUCUUCAACGUCCUAUUCUCCUGCUAAAGCGUCGAAUUGA